GUGGAGCCCGCAGGGCGGCGCGAGCAAGACCACCAAGGAUCCGACAGAUGCGCAUGGCAAGAGCAGCCCUGGUGCGAGGGGCAGACGGGAGCGCCACGUCCGCCGAACGGGGCGGCGCGAGCACAACGGCUCCGCUUCCUUGCACCAGCUGACCUCGGACGUGUGCGAGAGGAUCCGGGAGUGCGCCCUGACUGCUGCAGACGAGGCGCGGAUCGACAACUGCGUCGACCAGCUGCGUGCGGCCGCCAGGGCGCUCGGCGAGGAUUGGGUUGUGAAGCUCUUCGGGAGCGUGGCGAAUGGCUUUUGCACUCGUGCUUCGGACAUCGACGCCGCGUUCGCCCAGGAGGAGGUGGCUGGCGAACCGCCACCAGAGCCGCUCCAGGCGGCAAGUAUUAUGAAGGACAGGUUGAUCCCGAUCCUCAGGGAACAGCCACAGUUUGAAAUCGUCGAGGAGAUCCUCGGCGCCAAGGUGCCCAUCCUGAAGCUUCGCUUCGAUGGCGUACUGGACGUCGACCUCUCCUGCAAUAACCAGUUGCCCUUCCAGAACACGCAGCUCUUGAAGGCCUACUCGAGCCUCGACUCCAACGUCCGCGACCUCGGGAUCGCGGUCAAGCUGUGGGCGAAGGCCGCAGCUGUUCGAGGUCGUUCAGCCAUGUCCGCAUAUUGCAUAUUAUCAUCGUUUUGCUUGCUGGCGCUUGCGCCGCUCAUCGUGUUCUUCUCGAUGGCAGACGAACCAUUCAAAGAUGCGUUGCAGAAGUUUGGAGCCGCGGCGUGGAACAGUAAAAUGGAAAUGAUGCUUAGCGCCUCCACCAAGGACGCUACGCUCAAGUCGGAGGCCGAUGCUCUCGUCGACUCAUUGUUGACUAACGAUCUGGCGUACACAGAGUGGCUCACGGCAGAAAAAGCGCGCCCUCACGUGAACAAUCGUUUCGAUUCUAUCAUUCACCCGCCUCACGCCCAUUGGGUUGGAAGAAACAUCGCAGUUGACGGGUGGAGUUGGCGCGAAGUGCAAGGCAAGGCUCGUGCCAUCGAGCGCCCCCCUGGCGCGGCAGCAAAGCAAGAUUUGGACAAGGUGCAGGCAACCAUCUCAAGUUGUGGCGGUACGCUUGGAGAUAUCAAGCCGCAUGGCAUCAGGGCAUUUACAGUAAGUUGUUCCCACGCGAUGGCGUGGAUCUGGGCCGUGGAAAGCGGCGCGAGCCCGACGGCCGAUUCGGUGGAAUACGCAAUCAACGGAAAGCUUAGCAAGGACAGGUUGUGCGAGCUGUCGCCAUCGAUGUCCCAGCCGUUUGAGAAAGGGCUGCCCUUUGUCAUAGUGGGGCACGAAGUAGCUAGUGCGUGCCCGAUGAUCGCCGCCUUCCUUCAGGAAGCGGGCAACGUCGGCAACCGGAUCAGGAAAGACCCAUCUAUCAUGCAAGUUCUCUUCCAACUGCAUGCCAGGGCCGUGACGAACACCAAAUUGCAGGGCAAGCCGAACUGGGACGGUAUAGCCAAACAAAUGGAUAGUUUUCGGCCCGAUCUGGCAGGGCAAAUGUCAAAUCUUUGUAAGUUUGUGGAGAACUGGGCGGGCGGGGCCGACCCUAUCCAUCUUAAAGAUUUGGACACGUUCGGGAAACAGCUCAAAUUCCAGCGCGAUCUGUCGCCAGCCACACUUGUUUUGUUCAAGGAUCUACCAUUUGCCAAGAUGCCAAGUUGGAUAUUCAUGUGUCUUAAAGCGUGCCAGUCGGCGCCCGAAAACUUUGUAGUCAAAGGCGAAUGCAAACUAUUCAACAGCGUGGACACGCAGGCAAUGACUGGCAACCUUAUGCCGCCUAUAACAGAAGCAGUCGCCAGAUACACCAAAGGCCGAGAUUGGCUGGCCAGCCUUGGCGUCGACGAGGGGGCAAUCGUGAAGCAUUCAGGCGAGUUCGCAGUGAAGCUGGUCAUGCACGUGUGCAGCAAGAGGUCAAAGAGUCGGAAACAGUUCAAGUCAAUCGAUGAGAUAUGCGAUGAUUUCGUUCGAUGCGUGGCCGACGUGGUGAAGGAUCCCAAAGUAAAGGCGCCGUGGCAGAGCGAAUCCAGUGACAGUGGCAAGUCUGGCGCAGCAUUCCGUGAGUUUUCAGGAAAUGCCUUCGACCCGUCUUCGUUGGCAGCUAUGGGGUUCGUUCCGAAGGUGCACGUGACGACCAGCAGCCGCAAAGGCGAGACAUACAAGUUGGACUCCGUGGGCGCGGAGUGCGUUCUGGUUCUCGUGAACGACAGCGGCAGGAUCCCCGUGAAGCUAAAGGUGUCAGCCGCCGAUUUGGCCGACAGCUGGUCCAUCAUGCAACCUGAGCAUAAGGUGGUCGUUCAAACAAAGGAUCUUCAGUCGCCGCAUGACCACUCAGACAGCUCGGCGGAAUGCACAAAGGCUGUUGCGAGGCUGGCGCUUGAGAAGGCGUUCAUCGAGCACCAGUCGGUAGCAUACAAUGGCGGUGGAGAUACAGGUUUCGAGGUGCAGUUGAAACCGCAGAGGUCCGUGUUCACCAAGUCCGCCUAUGCGAAAGGUAAGCUCGUGCUGGCCCCUUUCUCGACUUCGGUUUCGGCCCUCUCUAAGGACGGCCCAAAUGGCUCCGUCUGCCUAGGCUGCCCUAGGGAUGCGUCUGGCAAGGUUCAGGCGUUUGUUUCUCAGCGCUGCGACUACGCGCACGGGGAGACCGUAUCGGGCUGCCACUCCAAGGAGGUGGUGCCGUUCGUGGCGCCGUUCUGGUGCGUGAAGCCCGAGGGGGACAGUGCCUCCGCCAACAUGCAGGUCAGCCACAUCCGCAUCCUAGUCGGGGCUGGGAGCAGCCUUUCCGACGGCGGAGACGCCUUCGUGGACGUCCCAGUGCUCACGAACAAGUCCAGCUUGAAGGCUGGCGAUGAGUUGAGGGUGUUUGACCAAGAUCGGGCAGCCUUGAGCAAGGCCAAAACCAAGAAGAGGGGCGUCGACGCCUCUGGGGGCACGGGCGACCCAUCGUUCAAGCGUUUUGUGGGCAAUGAGUUGGCCAUGGUGGACGCUGUGGUUACUCUUAGAAACGAUGCAUUCGAUACUGCAGUCAAUGAGAAGGCGGUCGGGAGUGAUCCCUUGGGGGAUGCAGAUGCGCCUGGCGACCCCCAUGGCCAGAAGCGCAAGCGCAAGGAGAUGGCAGACGAUGUUCCAGCAACGUUCGACGUGGUGGUCAAGACAGCCGAAGGCAACGAGUCCAUAGUCAAAGUCCUGUCUGAUUGGAACCCCCAGAGCUCUCCAUGGAUCGAGCUGUCGACCACCAACUUGAACUUGCUGCUGGUGAAGCCCCACCCUUCCCUCGUUGAGUUCGUGCCGACGAUCGAUGACAAGACUGUGAAGUGGUGGGCGUCUCGCCAUUGCGUGUACUGCAGGUACUUCGACGCCGCGAAGCAGAAGACAAGGUUCCACUCCUUGCCCGUCCCCCGCAGCAAUGACCCCGACUUCGUGCAGCUCAAGGCUAACGAGGCGACGGCCGCUCUCGCGCAGUUCUGCAAGGACGCCAGCGAGAAGGAGCCAGAGCCGCCAUCGGCAGGUGUCGGUUCGCCCGCAGGCGGCGCGCCCAGCGGGGCCGACCGCGUCCCGAUGGAGCGUGGCACAGCCUCCUCGCCCUCGAGCGGGGGCGCUGGCGAUGGCGCCGCGCGCUCGAUGCUCGCGCUGAUGGUCAUGGCGGACAUCCUUGCUGCCACGCCGAAGCGAACCUGGGGAUGGGGGGUGCGGCGUGCGCAGAGUUCCUCUGGCGAGGUUCGCAUCCGCCGAUGGGCGAGGCGGCCUGCCGAGACGGCCGCCCCGCCCGCCGAGCCCGCUGCGGCGGCCGCCCAGCCCGACACGCCCAAGCCGAGGCUUCAGCCAACGGCGAAGAAGAUGCCCAAGCUGCCGAAACCCCCUGGCACCGACGCCGCCACUACCGACGCCGACUUCGAGUGGAAGCGCGCCCAGACGGCACGGGCUUUCAUGGGCCGCAUCUGGGACGACCAGGAGAAGGACACGGGCGGCCACUACCAGGAGCAGCCACAGGACCAGGAGCAGGACACGAGCGGCCACGGCAAGGAGCAGGACACGAUCGGCCACGACCAGGAGCAGGACGAGCGAGGCGGCCACGACCAGGAGCAGGACACAGCGCAGCAGCAGGACGACGGCCGCGGCGCGCUGGAGCAGCACUCGUGCAAGUACACGGAUGAGGACUGGUGGUGGCGCUGGGGCGACACCGCGCAGGGCGACGGGUGGGGCGGCCGCGCGCGUGACGCGCGGGGCGGCUCCAUGGAUGGCUACUGGCGGCUCCAGGACAACAAGUGGGUCUUCUACGACUCGCAGGGCGAGUGGAGCUACCAGCAGGACGAGUGGGCCUACCCGCAAGGCGAGUGGGGCUACCCGCAGGACGGCUACCCGCAGGGCGGCUACCCGCAGGACAUGACGGGCUACGCAGAUGCCCAGGGCGACGACCCGCAGGAUGACGAGUGGGGCUACCCGCAGGACAGCGCAGGCGGCAACCAGCAGGGCGAUGGAGGCGGCUACAACGAUGGCGAGGGGUGGGCCAAGCAGCACGGCCAUCGCGCGACGGGUGCUGCGAGCAGCUCGAGCACCACUGCGGUCACCGUCAAUGGCAAGUACAGGGUGGCAUCGAUGGCGGCCGCUGUUCCCCAUGCGCAGCAAGUGGUUGAAGGGCUCGUUACGCAGCUGAACCAGCGCUCGGAGAUCGUUACGUUGCAGCGCUCCGUUGGCCUCGACGUGUCCGACUCUCAGGCCAGCGCCUUCGUAGCCCACCUCAGCCAGAUGUCCGUGAGCUUGGAUGGUGCCGCCCGCCUGACGCGCCAGGCUAAGCUGGGGCCCUGGUCCAGCAGCCAGAUGGCAAACAUCGCGGCCGCGGUCAACGCCGCCGCAGAACGCACCGACCCUUCGGGUGGCACGCGGCCGCCGCAGACAUGCGACUCCUUGGAGAAGUAUUUCACGCAGCAGCUUCACGAUUACUUCAAGAGUGAUGUCAUCGAUGUUGAUAUUGCUACCCGCAUGGUGGCCGUGCAGCUGUACAAACUGGGGCUGGUCUGCCCUCCGAACCAGGUGCUGAAGCGCGCGACGAGCAUCACCCAGUUGGCUGGGCUCAAGGUGACGACCAUGGGCGCGGGCAGCCAGUCGAACACCGGAAAGAAUAUCAGGAGCUACGUCAAGAGCUUGGACAAGGAUAAGAAGUUCCCGCUGGCACACAUCCUCGUGUAUCCAGCUGACCCGUCGGCGUUGCCCGCUGCCCACCUGCAGCAUGCUUACGGUGACAGUCAGCCCGUGCCGUUCGUGAUUGAGGGCCUGCCUUGCGCGACGGCGUCCUGCGCCUACCGCGAGUCCAAGAAAGGUGUGAAGGAGCAGGGCAGCGCAGUUGUCCCCUACGGCACUUCCACGGAGCAGAUGAUGGCAACGGCGGUGACUUCGGCGAUUGCCCCCCUCGCGCAGGUCAUGCAGCAGGCGAUGGGGACCAUCCCUGGGUUGCAGAUCUUCGGGGUCCCGAAGAAUGGUGCAGCGUCGCGCGCCCCAGGUGGACUGGCCGCGGCGGCGGCCGACCCGCUGGCUGCGCUGGCGCCUCGGGCGGGGACGGCGUCUUCGCUUUCGCCGUCUGCGCCGACGCCUUCGUCUGUGCACCCUUCCAUGCUGGGAGACUCCCCGCCCAUCGCCGCCGUCGCUCGGGAGUGCGACCCAGUUGAGGACCUGGAGCAGGCCGUCAGAGAUGCAGCCGAGACGGCCAAGCUGCGCAAGCGCAGGGCCACGGCUGAGGCAGCGGCCGACGGUGCGCCGAAAGCAACGGCAAAAGCAAAGGCCAAGGGCAAGGGGGGGCUCAAAUCCAAGGUCACGAAGAAGGAGGGCAAGGCUAGAGUCGCCGACGUUCUCGCUGCCGCGGCUACGGCUCGCACAGGCGGCAAGGCCGCUGGCGCCGCCGCGCAGACUGGCGCCGCCAGGAAGAGGCCAGCUGCGGCCGUCGUCAAGCUCUGCGCCUCCGACUUCCGCUCCGAGGCCACGUGCAAGGCCACCUACCACAAGGGGAAGAACGACUGGACUUCGAGGGCGUACGGAAUCGCCAAGAGGCGGUGCUUGUCGAGUGGCAUGGGCGAGGACGAGGCGAAGGACGUCGCGAAGGAGGUCUACCACGUGGCGCUGAAGUCGUACGAGCGUGGCCGCGGCACACGCCAUCGGAACUCCGAAGCGCUGGUCCUCAGUCGGGAGAAGCGCCCGAUGCUGAGCCCGCCGAUGUCCAUGACGGCGGAGACCACAGAGACUCGGAAGCGGGCGCUCGAGCACGAGUGGCCGUCGCUCGACGACGCCAGCAUGCCAAAGGAGGUCAGGGAGCAGUUUCUCAGGAUGCAGGCCGAGGACAUCCCGACAAACCCUGCCUUUCAGGGCGCCCGUGCAGCGAGGCCUACAUUCAAGGUUCGGUACAUUAUCACCGACGGCUACGACAGCGAUUAG